AUGACAAAGGACGGGAAAUGGACAGUUGUUGGAAAGAACGCCUACGGGCAAUGCGAGAGCUCGUGCUCCUUGGCUGUAGAAGUUCCUGAUGGUCAGUUCGCUCCCAGCUUCAAUCGUCCUCUCGAAGACGUCCGAUGUGGAGAAGGCGACCUGUUGCGAUUCAGUGUCAAAGUCGCGGCAAAUCCUCCACCAAAAAUUUUCUGGUACCAUAACGGCGAGGAAAUUCAUUACACUGACCGUUAUCGACCGCAGGAUGAUGACGAAAAACGAGAGUACAGUCUCACUAUUAUGAACGUUCAGCCAAAAGACACUGGAGAGUACAAAUGCAUUGCACGAAAUGUGGUUGGCAGAGCUCAAUGUACAUGUACCCUACGAGUAGGAGAAUCCAGAUUCCAACGAGCGAAGAAAGUCGACUACACGCGAGCGCCCCGUUUCAGAAUGCCCCUAGCUAAUCCUCGAGAAAUACCAAAGGGAACCGAAAUGGUGUUAACAUGUGUUGUCACCGGUGCGCCUUUCCCUGACAUCAUUUGGCUGAAGGACGGUGAAAAAGUGCCCACAGCCAAUUGCGAUAUCAGAUGUGAUGAUGGCGUUUGUACUUUGACCAUUUUCUCUUCCACCGAAGAUGAUGCUGGCUGCUAUACUUGUGUGGCAGAAAAUAUUCAUGGCUUAUCUGAGUCGACGAGCACCGUUCGCAUUAUUCCUCCAUCGAAAAAAGAUCACAUGGCUCCGAAAUUCGUCGAAUUGCUCACAAAUCGAUCUGUUCUUGAGCACGAAGAAAUUCAUCUCGAAUGUAUGGUGACUGGCAAACCUUCACCGUCUAUUACCUGGUAUAUUCGAUUCUGGUUCCACAUUAUUUCAAAGACUGACCGUGUAUUCACCUCCGAGCACAAGCCCUACCGUGUGUACAAGGACGGCUUAAAACUGAUGCUAGAAAACCGAAUGCUUCACUACACUGAUCGAAAAGGAUUAACACGAUUGAACAUCAUGAAAUCCACCCUUCGAGAUUCCGGAGAAUAUACUUGUGAAGCCGUCAAUGAGUCAGGAAAAGACUUCACUCACAGUCAUGUUCAAGUUAUCGGAACGAGUUUCGGCCGAGUCACGCCGUCCACUUCACGUUGUCCAAGCCCCAGCAGACCAUCUUCAUCCUCUGGAUGGCAUGAUGCUCGUGCCCCUGUGAUAACUCGUCCUCUCGAAGAUGCCGUCGUAACAGCAGGAAAUCGUGAGCUUCUGGAACUCGAAGUGGACAGCUCAGUUCCAGUAACAGUUGAAUGGUACCACGAUGGAAAACUGGUUGCGGAAAGCCGAACCUUGCGGACUUACUUUGAUGGACGAGUUGCCUUCUUGAAGAUUUACGAGGCGCGGCCUGAACAUCACGGGAAAUACGUCUGCAAGGUCUUCAACAAAAUGGGAGCUCUGGAAACUGCUGCCAUGCUUACGGUUGAAGAGAAGCUUGCUGUACAUCUGCCCUACAUGCCUGUAUUCAGCAAGAAACUCCAAGAUGUCACCGUUGGACAG